AUGGCGACAAAAGUGGUUUCCAUCCGGGAAGACGUGGGAGUGGUUGAAAUCGUCGCCUUGAUCUUAUUAGCGCUGGUCGUGGUGUACUGCAUGCUGGGAGGAGGUUACAGCGCUACGGGAUUGCUGCGCGGGUGGAUUGGAAGAAGGACAAUCGUCAGAGCUGCUGCCGCCCAUCGUCGACAACAACUCGAAGCACAAGCACAUUCCGCCGCCAUUGCCAGGUCGCAUCCAAGCCUACGCUCCUUUUCCUCACACGACGCCCGUCUGCGCUCUCGCAACAUGCUCAAAACAGCAGUCAACAGGCACAACGCCUCGACUGCUGCCUCCAAGCCCCUCGAUCAACAGCUCUUCUCUUCUAGCCCUCCGGCGCAGCAGCAAUCCCAGAAGUCUUCCGUCUUGUCUACAGCCUCCAGAAAUUCAAAGUCCAUCAACGGUAUCAAGCGCACACACAGUGGUCUCGCAAAGACCUUUGGCAACACCGCCUCCUUUGACGAUGCACAGAAUGAACCCGUUGUAUGCGCCGUCCCUGAAAACACCAUCUCGUAUCCUACCCUUCCCAAGAUCACCGCCCCGCAACACUCUGCAUUCCAUCCAACUCUGCCGAAACGUCAGGUCCGCGAUUCUGGCGCCCCCGAUGAUUCUGGCUACGUCUCUACUGAACACACUCAGCCAGCUCAAGAAAACUUUGAAAGUAGUACUCCUUUGCCCUGGUCUUCAUCGCCUACCGAACACUUGAACCCUUCGCUCAACGCAUCCUCACUUAGCCGCUUUGCAUACAACGGCAGCAAUGGCCCUACCGGUCCUCGAGCACAGCCGACAUCAGCCCCUGUGAAGACCGAGCCCGCAGCUGCUUCCAAGCGUAGAACAUUGCCAUGGCUAAAGCAAGAGACAUCACAACCAGAACACGACCUACAUUCUGUUCCUCCUUCCAAAAGACGCGUCGUCGAUGCGACGCCUGUUCAGACAUCUAAGAAGAGCGCUCUUCCCUGGAACACGACCGCGAGUGCCAUCAAGGAACAAAAGACCAGUCUCCGCGAGAUCAACAAGAAAAAGUCCAAGCUCAAUGAGCCCUCUGACGAGGUUAUCCAGAAAGCCAAGUCCAAGAGUCGCAAAAACACAGUCGCUCGUGUCUUCCUCAGUGACGAACAACAACACGUUCUGGACCUGAUCUCGGAGAAGAAGAAGGCUGUGUUCUUCACUGGUGCUGCUGGUACCGGUAAAUCCUACCUACGCGAACCCGAUCGUGUUGCUGUCACUGCUUCCACUGGUCUUGCUGCGUGUAACAUUGGUGGUGUCACAUUGCACAGUUUUGCUGGUAUUGGCUUGGGCAAAGAAGAUGUUCCAGAAUUGGUCAAGAAGAUCAAGCGCAACCAGAAGGCAAAGCACAGGUGGAUGCGCACAAAAGUGUUGGUCGUUGACGAAAUCUCAAUGGUCGAUGGUGAUCUGUUCGACAAGCUCGAAGCUAUCGCCCGCCAAAUCAGAAACAAUGGACGACCCUUUGGCGGUAUUCAGCUUGUCAUCACUGGCGACUUCUUCCAGCUACCUCCAGUACCGGACAGCGGCAAGAUUGCCAAAUUUGCGUUUGAUGCAGCCACAUGGUCGACAAGUAUCGAAUAUACAAUUGGACUGCAUCACGUCUUCCGUCAGAAGGAUCCCAUAUUCGCGAACAUGCUCAACGAGAUGAGAGAGGGUCGCAUGAGCGCGGAAAGCAUCAAAACAUUCCACACGCUUAGCCGGCCUUUAGAGUCUGAGAGUUCCAUCGACGCUACCGAGCUCUUCCCAACAAGAAAUGAGGUCGAAAAUGCCAAUCAAAGCAAGAUGAGCCAGCUCGUUGGCGAGAUCAGAACAUUCGAGGCACGAGAUGGAGGCAGUAUUACUGACAAAACCUUCCGUGACAAGCUACUCGCCAACUGCAUGGCUCCUGAACUCAUCACGCUAAAGAAAGGCGCUCAGGUCAUGCUUAUCAAAAACAUCGAUGAGAGCUUGGUCAACGGUUCGCUGGGAAAGAUUAUUGGUUUCAUGAACGAGAUCCAAUUCGACUCUUACAAUAACAAUGAAGAGGCUUUCAUGGCUACUCAAGGUGGGACUCUCAAGGAUGAAAACGCCAUAGGUGGCCUUGACAAGAAGAAGACUGCCCGUGAACGCCUCAUGGACAACCUGCUAGGUAGUACUACACAGAUCUGGCCUGUGGUUCGUUUUACCCUCGCAGACGGCACAACUCGAGACCUUCUGUGUCAACGCGAGACUUGGAAGAUCGAACUUCCAGAUGGUGAAGUCCAAGCCUCUCGCGCACAAAUUCCGCUCAUCCUCGCCUGGGCACUGAGUAUUCACAAAGCUCAAGGUCAGACACUGGACAGAGUCAAGGUAGAUCUCGGCAAGGUCUUCGAGAAAGGACAGGCAUAUGUCGCACUCUCUCGUGCGACCAGUAUGCAAGGUCUACAAGUGCUGCGCUUUGAUCCACGCAAAGUCGUCGCUCACGAGAAGGUUCGCACAUUCUACCAAAACCUUUCCCGGGUGGAAGGUCUAGAGCAGAGCAAGCCCAAGGCCGAAAGAGGCAAGACCACAAGUCGUAGCAAUGGUGUUACUGCCAACGAGUAUGAGCGUGGCUUCAUGGAUGGAAAGAUGUAG